UUUGGAAUUGGUGCACANAUCGCAAACAAGUUCAGCUCUGUAACUCUGCAGUAUUUUCCUUUUUUCAGGCUUCCCAUCGUUCAAGGCGGCACGUUCUCCUUUCUUACCCCUACUAUAGCUAUUCUCAGUCUCCCUCGGUGGACAUGCCCCUCUGCUUCACCCACAGGCCUAAACAAUUUUACUACCAUCGCAUCAUUCGUCAACAACACCACUGCAUCUCCCAUUGAUUACACCGACAUAUGGAAACCGCGGAUGAGGGAGAUCCAAGGAGCUAUCAUGGUGGCCGCUCUGUUUCAAAUUGUGAUUGGCUUCUCUGGUUUGGUCGGGUUUCUGCUUCGUUUCAUUGGACCGCUGACCAUUGCUCCCACUGUGACGCUGGUUGGACUCUCAUUGUUUCAAGCAGCUGCAUAUUUCUCAGGUAUCCACUGGGGAAUUUCCGCGAUGACCAUGGUAGUUAUUACAAUCUUCUCUCAGUACCUGAAGCAAGUCAAAGUACCUUUGCCUGCUUAUUCAAGACAGAGAGGGAUGCACUUGACCAGAUUUCCCUUGUUUAGAUUAUUUCCGAUCCUGCUCGGAGUGGUUUUCGCCUGGAUUAUUUGUGCUACUGUGACUGCAGCCGGCGGAUUUACUGACAAUAAGAACAGCACACAGUACCGCGCCAGAACAGAUGCAAGAAUAUUUGUGCUGACUGAGGCUGAGUGGUUCAGAUUUCCAUAUCCAGGUCAGUGGGGCAGGCCCACAGUGAGUGCCGCUGGCGUGUUUGGAAUGCUGGCGGGAGUAUUGGCAUCUAUGAUAGAGUCAAUUGGUGACUACUACGCAUGUGCGCGACUGUCGGGAGCUCCGCCGCCUCCAAAACAUGCCAUAAACAGAGGCAUUGGAAUGGAAGGUAUAGGCUGCCUUCUUGCUGGGGCCUGGGGCAGUGGAAAUGGGACUACUUCUUACAGUGAGAACAUAGGAGCAAUUGGAAUCACAAAGGUUGGAAGUCGUCGUGUCGUGCAGUAUGGCGCUGUAAUAAUGAUGUUUCUUGGCAUACUGGGCAAGUUUGGCGCCCUUUUCACCACUAUCCCAGACCCUAUAGUUGGCGGCGUAUUCAUGGUGAUGUUUGGCAUGAUUACUGCUGUUGGUAUUUCCAAUCUUCAGUUUGUUGACCUGAAUUCUUCAAGAAAUCUCUUUAUCCUUGGUUUCUCACUGGUGUUUGGCAUGGCGCUCCCGUAUUGGCUGUCUCAAGAGCAGAACAAGAACGUCAUACAAACAGGUGAGCCCGAGAUUGACCAGAUCAUCACAGUGUUAUUGCGAACCAAUAUGCUGGUCGGUGGAAUCGCGGGCUUUGUACUGGAUAAUACGAUUCCCGGGUCACGUGAGGAACGAGGCAUGGUUGUGUGGAACAGCGAGAUGACGGAAGUUGGCCACAGAGCUCAUGUUUAUGAUCUUCCAUUUGGUUUGAAAAAGUUGAGCUUUUACAAUUUUGCUAAGUAUGUUCCCUUUCUGCCAUAUUAUGGUAACGAAGAAACUCCUGCAGUAGAAUUAAGAGAGGCGAAAAAGAAGCCGAGCGGCUUUUCUGCCACUCUGUGA